AUGUCUUCAAAGGCAAAUGAAGAUCUGGCACGAUUGACCGAGCUCAGUCGAAGAUACCGCAUCGUGUUCAGUGCCGACCCAAGCCAGGUUCAGGUUCACAAGUGCCAUGAGAAGUCAAUCGAAGCCGUGUUCGAACUUGCAACAGCAAAGAGCCUAGCUCAGAUGCUGGUCGAAAAGGCAGAGCGCUGCCGACAGCGAAACGAGAGCUGUUGGAGGUUUGCGUGUGAGCCUCUUGUCUUUGCCAGACUGUCUGGCGAUGUUGUCUGUCGCAACUGUCGCAAGCGCGUAUGGCGAUCGGAAAUUGAAGUCUGUCGUACUAGUGGUAACUCAACAUCUGCUGAGAACCUUGCGAAGCGGCAGAAUGCUCGAGAGCCCUGUCGGUGCCCCCGUGUAGCACGGAGCCAUGAUUUGAAUGAGGCGGUCGGCCUCAAUCGCAUGUUCUGCCAUCGCGAAGAUGAGGAGGUGCACUUUGAAAAGGAUCUCGCAAAACAACUACGAAAAGAGUUGCAGAAGCCUGAUGCUAUAUACGGGCUCCGAAGAACAAGAAAUAUUGAAAACUUGCUGUACGACUCACGAAAAAGGAUGCUGGAUGAAGACGACGACCCUCGUCAGCUUCACGAGUUGCUGGAGCCAUCGCCGUCCGAUAAUGCCAUAAGUCCUACCGGAGACCCGCUCCUCUACCCAUUCUUGGUAAUUGAAGCCAAAUCUGGACAGGCUCAAAAGGACUGGCACUCUAUCAACAUGCAAACAGCGUUUCCGAUAAGAGCCUUUCUUCAAAUACAAGCUCGGCUCCAACACACCGCUGAUCCCCGCGGCAGUUUCGGGCCGUUGGUUUGGUUCUUCUCGUAUAAAGGUGAAGACUGGAGGCUUUCGAUGGCAUUUAUGCAAGAAACAACCACGGAAGAAAACCGAAUAGGAGAUGUCAUCUAUAAAGUGGUUGAUGUUUGGAGAGGCUCCAUCCUGACGCUCGAUGGUUCCCUCCAGCUUCUACUACAUGGACAGGUAACUGUCGACUGUCUGGCUCAAGAGACUCUCUCUUUUACGGAAAUUCUACCCGAACUGCGGGACGUUAGCGACAGAGACUGA